AUGUCUGCAGUUGCUCUGUGCAUAGAUGACCUCUGCCAUGGGGUCAUUGACUCUCUCAGUGGCUGGUGGGUGGCGGUCAAAUGUUGGCGAAAUGAAGCGAAUUUAAUGGACAUUAUAUGGAACACGGUGACUACUGCAGCAGUUGCGCUUCUGAUUACCUUUCUGGUCCAGUCAGGCUGUUCAUAUGUAGCAAGUUUAUUUGGUGAUAGUUUCCAGCGAGGUCUGUCGGUGUCGGCAGUCAUCCUGGAUUUCUUGUGGUGGUUCCCCAGCAUGGCAGUCAUCAAGUUAACUAGUAUCAUCAACAAUAAUGAAGUUGCAGAUAAAGUGUUCUUGUAUAAAUAUGGCCGCCCUAAAUAUAUGUCUAUUGGUGCAACCAUCAGCGAAUUCAUCUUUAGCAGCAUAUACCAGACUGUUUUUAUACUACAGGCUGGCAUUGUGUGCAUGCUCAUACCCUGGCCGUACGUGGCCGUGUUUAUGGAGUGGUUGCACUACUCGUUAUUUUAUGCAGUUUAUGCUUUCGAGUACAAGUGGGCCCAGCUUGGUAUACCAGGUCACACAAGGGUAGCUCAGAUUGAAAAUAACUGGCCAUAUUACUUUGCAUUUGGUCUUCCAAUUCACCUAGCCACUGGCUAUUGGGAGUCUUUGUAUACCAGGACAGUGGCUUUCACCUUGUUGUUUCCGUUUAGUAUUCUUGGUGCCACCGCAGCAAAUCCACCAAGGCCACAAUUUGCUUUUCCAAUCCACAUUAUGUUUCCAUCUGUGUACGUCACAAAUGAAGCCUACAAACUUAUGCGGUUACUAGGUGGAAGAUCAAAGACCUCCAGGGGCGCAGAGCAGAAAGCAAAAUGA